AUGUCCCUCGAGGCAUUGCGGAUUCUUAGCACAGGCAAAAUACACGAGGCGGCCGAAUACGGGCUCAUCCUUUGGUUCUCUGCCCACACAUCACUAGGCAACCCGGAGGACAGUCCGAUUGAAGUGGCGCACAAUGUGGCUCGAGGCGGUCUGUUCGACAAUGCGGACGACGAGCAAGAGUUCGCCUUUCGCGUCACCAUCGAGCGUAUCAACAACGACAACGGCGUGCUGUUGCGCUCGCGGCUGGUGCCGCGCAUCGAGCGCCUCGACAAGGACGACAGCUUCAGGGCCACAAAGAAAGUGUGCAGCUUGCUGAACACUGGCAUCGCGGGCAUCUUCGGGCCGUCGUCGGACGUGACCAGCAUGCACGUGCAGUCCAUCUGCGACGCGCUGGACGUGCCGCACAUCGAGAUGCGCUGGGACUUCCAGCUGCAGCGGGACGAUCUCUCCAUCAACCUCUUCCCAAAGCCCGCGGUGCUAGCCAAGGCGUACGUUGACCUCAUCAAGACAUGGGGCUGGAACAGGUUCGCCCUCGUCUACGAGGACCACGAAGGUAUCAUAAGGCUUCAGGAUUUUCUGAAAGAGGCCCGGGGCAAUGAUUGGCACAUUCAGAUGUACCAGUUCCACACUGGUCAGCCGUACCGGGACCUUUUCUGGAAGAUCAAGAAGACAAAGGAAACACGGGUUGUGCUGGACGUCAAGAGGGAAAACCUUUUCACUGCCCUGAAACACGCGCAGCAAGUUGGCAUGCUCACCGAAAGCCACAGCUACCUGAUUACGUCUCUGGACUUGCACACGGUGGACUUGGAGGAAUUCAAGUACGGCCAGACAAAGAUUACUGGCUACCGAUUGGUGGACGUGGACAGUCCGGAGCUGCAGGGAUUUCUCAAAGACUGGGAGAUCAUCUCAUCCAGGAUGGACCGCAAGGCGCCGGUCCCACAGACCAUUCGGACAGAAACGGCGCUGAUGUAUGACGCUGUGAAGCUAUUUGCCAUGGGUUUGCACCAGUUGGACUUGACCAAGGCAGUAGACUUCCCGGUGAUCUCGUGCGAUAUGGCCGUCUCGUCGUCCGAUGGCAGCAGCCUCAUCAACCUAAUGAAGCCCAUCACCCUACAGGGGCUGACCGGAGAGAUCAGCUUUGACCCUCAAGGAUUCCGGUCAACCUUUAGCCUGGACAUCAUGGCCCUGAAGAGUGACGGGUUGCAGAAGGUGGGGCACUGGACGCCCAGGGACAACGUGACCGUAGAAGACAACGUAACGUCCGACUACGAUUCGCUACUCAUCAAAGACAAGACUUUGAUCGUGACCACAGUUCUCACUGAUCCGUACAUGAUGCUCAAGGAGUCGGCGGCAGACCUGCAAGGCAACGAUCGCUUCGAAGGCUACUGUGUAGACCUCCUGAAGGAGCUGUCUAAGCAGUUGAACUUCAAGUACGAGAUCCGGCUGGUCAAGGACAGGGCUUACGGCAUUCAAAACGCCAGUGGAGACUGGAACGGAAUGAUAGGAGAGAUAGUCAAUGGAAAAGCGGACUUGGCCAUAGCCGACCUGACCAUUACGUCUAAGCGAGAGGUGGCGGUGGACUUCACGAUGCCCUUCAUGAACACGGGCAUCAGCAUUCUCUUCAAAAAACCCACUCAGAAGGUGACGACGCUGUUCAGCUUCCUGUCGCCCUUCAGCAUGGAAGUGUGGGCGUACGUGGUGGGCGCCUACAUCGGCGUCUCGGUUGUGCUCUUCCUGGUGGGCCGCCUGAGCCCCUACGAGUGGGACAACCCGCACCCGUGCCGCCAGAACGACCAGGUUCUCGAGAACAGCUUCAGCCUGCUCAACUCGCUCUGGUUCACCAUCGGCUCGCUCAUGCAGCAGGGCUCCGACCUGGCACCCAAAGCCAUGUCAACGAGAACAGUGGCUGGUAUCUGGUACUUCUUCACACUCAUCAUGAUAUCAUCUUACACCGCCAACUUGGCUGCCUUUCUCACAGUCGAGAAGACUGUUUACCCCAUCGAGAACGCCGAGGACUUGGCGAAACAAUCGAAGAUCAAGUAUGGGUGCCUACGAUCAGGCAGCACCCGGACAUUCUUCAACGAAUCUAAGAUUCCGACCUACAAGAGGAUGCACAAGUACAUGCUAGACAAUGAGCAGGACGUGUACACAGAGUCAUCCAGCGACGGCGUGAAUCGCGUUAAGGCGGGAGAUUACGCCUUCCUCAUGGAAUCGGCGUCAAUCGAGUACAUAAUCGAGCGAGACUGCAACCUUACUCAAAUUGGUGGUCUCCUAGACAACAAAGGAUAUGGCAUCGUCACUAAGAAAAAAUCACCGUACCGCCAGAUCUUGUCUAGCGGCAUCUUGAAGCUGCAAGAAGCGGGCAAGCUGCACAGCUUCAAAGAGAAGUGGUGGAAGGAGCGCAAAGGCGGCGGCAAGUGCCUUGACGACUCCAAGAAGUCGUCGGCCGUCACCGAGCUCAGCCUGGCCAACGUGGGCGGAGUGUUCGUCGUAUUGCUCGGCGGCCUCGGCCUCGCCUCCAUCGUGGCCGUCAUGGAGUUCUUCUUCAAGGCCAAGAAGAUGGCCAAGGAAGACUCGGUCUCCCUGUGUAAGGAGAUGAUGAAGCAGCUCAAGUUCGCCAUAUCGUGCCGCAGUUCCACGAUGCCCGUGAAAGGCAACAAGCCGCCCGAAGUGGACAGCAACGGCGGAGACUACCGCAUCUCCACGCUGCCGUCCUUCACGUCGGACUUCUGAGUGCGUGUGGGUCCCGUGUGGGCGACGGGCGGCGACGACGGUGAUAUAACAUUAUGCCUACAGGACUCUUAUGUGCCCGUCUCGACCGCCUCUUUCAAGUCUCGCACAUGUCCCCUACCGAGACCACCAUGUUCUCUCAUCUCCACGUUGAGCACAUUGCGAGGACGUUAUGUUUUAGCGAUAUUAUUAUCUGGAUGUGUGUCUGUCUCGUCCUUGUACCGACUGUUCCCUCUUCUGCCGCCUUGGCUUCACCCGGGCGCUUGAUAUGCUAGUGAUCUCCUUUGACCAUGCUUUGAUUUCACUGUCGUGUUUAAGUGUCAUACGAACUCGUUAGCGCCAUUUUUUUUCCACCUGUUGCAGCCAUUUUUUUUCCUCCGAACACACACGGCGUUUCCUCCUAUCACAGCAGCUUAUGUUCAUCAGGGAAGGAUGCGUUCUCAUAAUGACAGAAGCUUAAUGUUGUCAACAAUGCUGUCUUUGCAGGAGAAACCAUUUCGACAUUUGGGCUUAGCUUAGUGGGAGGCGUAGAAAUGUCGCAUUGUUAUUGUCGCAACGUUGGCUCCAGAGACAUUCUUUUUUUUUUUUGGUGACACUGAUAAAUUGUAAAGCUUAUCAGGCUGAUGGGAAACCCCGAAACAGAUUUUUGUGGAGGCACUUUGUCUCCACUGCUGUGGUUACUGUGGGACAAUAGCUUAUAGGUGGGCUUAACAUAUUAAAGGCAUUCUUCACCGAUGCUUUAUUGGGGAAUGUGUGUCUAGUUGAGAAGUGUAUCCAGUUGAGAUUUCUUGUUAUUCGAUUCACGGGAAAACAACACAAAAAAGUGACGAAGCCGAGCAGAGGAUACGAAGCAGACACAAACAGCGCCGUACUCCCGUAACAUUCGCUUUCUCAUAAUGCUUUAGCACAGCCUGACCUGAACAUGAAGCAAAGGACACGAAAAUACAGAAAGGAACAGACACGCACUCAUCCUAUAGCCUUUCUUGCUUAUUUAUGUCUCUUAUCUUUCAUUCUCAAUGUGAGCUGCGCUAAAGCAGUACAAGUUGAGCAUAAAGGAAAAGAGACAUAAGAAAUAAAUAAAGCAAAGGCAGAGUCAGUACCUGUCUUUUUAAUUAACGCUAAAGCAGUACACAAAUAUGAGGCAUGAACUUGCCCAAUCAACAGUAUAUUUAUUUUUCGUUUGUAUUCUGCGGUUUUCCCUGUACUAUAGAUUUAUUAACUAGGCGAGUGAACUUAACUUAACUGUAAGGAAGAACCUGUCGACGCUUACAGCGCUUAACAACCUUCCACUGGAGUCUGCGUAACACAUAGUUUGUUCGACUGAGAUGAAUUUGCGAAUUGGUAAUAACGGAAAUUUUCAUUUGCUAGUGAUAUUCCCGCACGUACUUUCAACCUUUAACAUUACGGAAAAUAUGGCAUGAGGUUAUCUAAAAUUGCUUAUGAAAACAAAUAUUACCCACACACGGUCCUCGCAUACCUAACAGAAACAGUAUUCGCGAUUAUAAUUUACAGUUAAUAUUCACUGGGCAACGCAACGUGUAGGACUUGUAUUGGU